AUGUCGCUAUUCAACGUCAGCAACGGUCUUCGUACCGCUCUCCGACCUUCUGUUGCCAGCUCUUCGCGCGUUGCUGCCUUUUCCACAACCGCCGCUGCCCGUCUCGCCACACCCACCUCUGACAACGUUGGCAGUUCGGGCAAGCCUCAGCACUUGAAGCAGUUCAAGAUCUACCGAUGGAACCCUGACAAGCCCUCGGAGAAGCCUCGUCUGCAGUCGUACACACUGGACCUCAACCAGACCGGUCCAAUGGUUCUCGACGCGCUCAUCAAAAUCAAGAACGAAAUUGACCCUACGCUCACCUUCCGUCGCUCGUGCCGUGAGGGUAUCUGCGGUUCGUGCGCUAUGAAUAUUGACGGUGUCAACACCCUCGCCUGCCUCUGCCGGAUCGACAAGCAGAAUGACACCAAGAUCUACCCCUUGCCGCACAUGUACAUUGUCAAGGACCUCGUGCCAGACUUGACCCAGUUCUACAAGCAGUACCGAUCCAUCGAGCCUUUCCUCAAGUCCAACAACACCCCUUCUGAGGGUGAACAUCUUCAGUCGCCCGAGGAGCGUCGUCGACUCGACGGUCUGUACGAGUGCAUUCUGUGCGCGUGCUGCUCCACAUCCUGCCCCUCUUACUGGUGGAAUCAGGACGAGUACCUUGGCCCCGCCGUGCUCAUGCAGGCGUACCGAUGGAUGGCCGACUCGCGUGACGACUUUGGUGAGGAGCGAAGACAGAAGCUCGAGAACACCUUUUCGCUCUACCGAUGCCACACCAUCAUGAACUGCUCCAGGACCUGCCCCAAGAACCUCAACCCUGGUAAGGCAAUUGCACAGAUCAAGAAGGACAUGGCCGUCGGCGCACCCAAGGCUUCCGAGCGCCCUAUCAUGGCUUCGUCGUAA